AUGUCCAGCGCACCCACCAAAGAGAAGGUUCCCGAGACAGGAGCGAAAGACGAGAAGAAGGAGGAUGCCGCCAAGGCAGUGGAGGAGAAGGUGGAGGCCAAGCCGAUGACGGUGGAGGAGGAGAUCCUCUACAAUAUCAGCCUGAUCGGCCGAGCUGUCUCGACAAUCGAGCCUCGCUUCACAGCUCGCGUUCUGAGAACACUGACGACGUUGCGAAGGAAGUUGACCAAGAGCGCAAUGAAGGCGGUUCUGAAUCAGGCGUUCCCCGAGGGCUCCAAAACCGGCCAAUCCCUCAUCGCCAGCUCAUUCUUCGACAGCCUUCCAGAGACAGCUGCAGCGUCCAGCGACGCCAAAAGCUCAGAGGCGUCCGGGAUGGAUAUCGACCAGACACCCGCAGAGACUGCCGCGACCGCAGCUGCGUCGACAUCGGAAGCAGCUACAGGUGCCAAGAAGUUCAGCCCUCCUCUCGAUGGUGUCAGCCAGGAUCUCAUACCCGAGGCAGUGGCGUACCUGCGGUUGCUCCUGAUCCUAAUGAAUCUCGAUGCUGGGAAGGUGGAAGAGGCCGGUACAUUCGCGAUGGAGACGACGGAGAUCUGCGGAAAGGCGAACCGUCGAACCCUUGACCAGCUGUCUAGCAAGGUCUAUUUCUACCUUGCCCGAUCGUACGAGCUGCAAGGGCGUCUUGCGGAGCUCCAGCCCAUGCUGCUCGCUGCUCGACAGACUGCCAGUCUCAGGCAGGACGAAAACCUCGAGGCAUCACUCAUCAACCUUCUCCUCCGCUCUUACCUCGCUCAGCAUCAGUACGACCAAGCCGACAAGCUCAUUGCUCGGUCCACCUUCCCUUCCGCCGUAUCCCAGGCUCAGACCGCUCGAUGGCUGUUCUACGCCGGUCGCUUACGCGCCGUCCAGCUAAACUAUGCGCAAGCUCGUGACUACCUGCAGACGGCUAUUCGAAGAGCACCUAGAGAUGAGGUCGCGCCUGGCUUUGUCCAAAUGGUCCACAAGUACUACAUUGUAGUCGUCCUCCUCACCGGUGUUAUCCCAGAUCGGUCCACGUUCCGAAAGCCAGUUCUCAAGCAGGCUCUGGCUCCAUACUUCCAGGUUGUGCAGGCUGUUCGAGUCGGAGACGUCUCGGCCUUCCAAAAAGCUCUCAGCGAGCACGAAAAGACCUUCCACGCCGACUCAACCCACUUCCUCAUCCUUCGUCUGAGACAUUUCGUCAUCAAGACCGCUCUUCGUACCAUCACACUCGCCUACUCGCGCAUCUCCCUUCGUGACGUCUGCGCCAAACUCCGUCUCGACUCUGAAGAGGACACCGAGUACAUUGUUGCCAAGGCGAUCAAGGAUGGUGUGAUUGAUGCGUCGAUCGACCAUGCGGGCGGGUUCAUGCAGAGCAAGGUGGCAAAGGAUGUGUAUGAGACGGAUGAGCCGGCCAAGGAGUUCAAUGCUCGGGUGGACUUUUGCACGCAAGUGUACAACGACAGCGUGCGGGCCAUGCGGUAUCCCCCAAAUGCGCAUCGCAAGGCGCUCGACUCGGCGGAUGAGAGCAGAGAGCGGGAUCGCGAGAUCGCUCAGCUUCUGGAAAUGGACGAUGAGAUGGACGACAUGUAA